AUGGAUGUAUACUCUGGCGUGGGGUUUGGGCUCUCUGAGACAAAGCUCUCUGAGAACCUUGGAGUAGAAUGUGUUUACAAGGCCAUUGACGGUGGCGGGCGACUUGACAUCGGGCUGGCGCAGCUCGUUUCUGAGACGACAUGCAACUCCGAGAUCCAGGCGCAGAGGGUCUUUUAUGCCCUGCUCUCCUACUUGCCUCCAAGGGCUCCAGAUCCAUACGCGAUUGGACACUCCGACCAUGUUCUGACACUCAAAGCCUUGCAGGUACUCGAUCAUGCCCUGCACAACGGCUCGAGUUACUUCGAAGCGCUGGUGCGUCAGCAAAGAGACACUCUGCUGAGUCGGCUCAGCAUGUACGAGGCAUCGGGGGACGACAGUCUACGAGAUUUGCGUCUGGAAGCUGGGGCAGUAAGAAGACUCAUAUCAGAUGAUGGGCAGCAGUUGGACUUUGAACGAAAGCAUAGCCAUACGACCCGCUGGUCUGCGAGAAUCAACCGGGGUGUACCUGCUGUUCCACGCCCAUCGCUGAUCUCAACAUCUUUAGGCGGAGAUGGCCUAGAUGAUGCCUCAGUAAGUGACACAUUCGACUUGUCUGGGCAGGCAACACCACAAGCUCCAACUGGCCAUGCCGGCACGGCACAUUCGAACAGCCCCAGACCAUCUUCUGCUCCGACCUGGUCGCCUCCACUGCACUCCCCUUUUGCAUCUCGAGGUUACACAAGGAAGCCGUCUAAUAUCGCUUCAAACGAUGGUGCUUGGACCUCAUCAUAUAUUUCCCAAGUACCACUGAGAACGGUAGGGGACCUUCCUAAACGCAGACCGCUACCCCGUCGCACAAGCUCUACUGAAGGCCUUCGGGAUGGGAAACUGAUCAAAACCUCGUAUAUUGACGAGAUAAGCCACGCUGAGGAGUAUCCAGAAGAAGAACUGAUAUCUGGCGCAUGGAAGAGCGAAUUGUCCCUGUUAGGUGAUGAGAUGGUAGAAUACAUUGAAUUUGUUCAG